AUGUCAUUCGUUUGCGGUAUCAGCGGAGAGCCGACAGAAGAUCCAGUCGUCUCGCCGGUCUCCGGACACAUUUUCGAUCGACGACUGAUCGUCAAGUACAUCACCGAGAACGGCACCGACCCGAUCAGUCAUACCGAGCUCUCAGAGGAUACGCUCGUCUCUCUAAAAACUGGCGGAACCGGUUCAGCGCCUCGUAACGUCUCCGGCACCUCUAUCCCAUCACUGCUGAAAAUGCUCCAAGACGAAUGGGAUACCGUGAUGCUCAACAGUUUCUCUCUCCGCCAGCAACUUCAGAUCGCUCGUCAGGAGCUCUCGCACUCUCUGUACCAACAUGACGCCGCUUGUCGUGUCAUCGCUCGUCUCUCCAAAGAAUUGACGGCGGCUAGAGAGGCUUUGUCCACUUUGAAACCACACACCUCCUCUAAAGUCGAGGAUGAUGUGAGUAUUGAGGAGACAGAUGAGCAACAAGGACUCAGUGAGGCAAUUCUAGCGAAACUCGAGGAGAAGUCGAAGAGUCUCACCGCUGAUCGUAAGCAACGUGGAAAGAAUCUUCCGGAAGGACUCGCCAAGGCGGAAGAGUUCGCUGGAAUCAAACAAACCGCAUCGCAUACCGGAAUUCAUUCGACUGGAACACCAGGAAUCACUGCUUUGGAUAUCAGAGGGAACCUAUCGCUUACCGGAGGAAUCGAUAAGACUGUCGUACUGUAUGACUAUGAGAAGGAGCAAGUGGUGCAGACUUACAAGGGACACAACAAGAAAAUCACCGCAGUUGUAUUGCAUCCGGAUGGGGAAACCGCUAUCUCUGCCUCUGCUGACUCUCAUAUUCGUGUCUGGAACUCUAACGAUUCAUCUUCGAAGGCUGUAAUCGAUGUGCACCAGGCUCCAGUUACAGAUAUCUCGUUGAACGCUUCCGGUGACUAUAUUCUCUCGGCUUCUGACGAUUCCUUCUGGGCAUUCUCUGAUAUUCGUUCUGGAAAGUCUCUCUGCAAAGUCUCCGUUGAACCGGGAUCCCAGAUCGCCGUGCAUUGCAUUGAAUUCCAUCCUGACGGUUUGAUCUUCGGAACCGGUGCCGCCGACGCUGUCGUGAAGAUUUGGGAUCUGAAGAAUCAGAAUAUCGCAGCCUCGUUCCCUGGACACACAGCUGCGGUUCGAUCGAUCGCAUUCUCGGAGAAUGGAUACUAUUUGGCGACUGGAUCAGAGGAUGGAGAGGUCAAACUGUGGGAUUUGAGAAAACUCAAGAAUUUGAAGACGUUCACGAAUGAGGAGAAGCAGCCGAUCAACACUCUCUCCUUUGACAUGACUGGAACAUAUCUCGGAAUCGGUGGUCAGAAAGUGCAAGUGUUGCAUGUGAAGACAUGGAAUGAGGUCGCCUCGCUCUCCGAUCACUCUGGACCAGUCACCGGUGUGAAGUUCGGAGAGAAUGCUCGUUCUCUGGUGACGUGCUCCAUCGAUAAGAGUCUUCGAGUCUUCUCCAUCUAA